UAAAAAUCAUAUGAAAUUUGAUCAUCCCAUCACCAAAAUCCCCAAAAGAACACUCUUUCUUUCUGGUAACUCAAGAACAACCCCUUCAGAGCUUGCGAUAUCUAAUUAAACACUGUUCAAUUCUUUCCUUUGAUUAAGAUGGGUAGUGUAGUAAGAUUGAGCAGUGACACCCAAUUUGUUAAAAUUGCUUCUGCAAUUGUAGUCAGAGGCCACUGGGACACUCUUUUCAACUCAAAGAUACAAUCUUUUGUUAAUUCAAACACCAUCAAUCAGGUACUUUUUCAUACUUCAUUACACAACUUUAAUGUUUCUUGGUCAUUCUUUAAAUGGGCCGAAUCAAUACCUAAUUACAAGCAUUCUUUACAAUGUUCUUGGACUAUGAUUCACAUUCUUACUAGACACAAGUACUUUAGGGAUGCUCAGACUUUACUUGAAAAGAUUGCACUUAAAGAUUUCUUGUCAUCGCCUGCGGUUUUGAAUGCAGUUGUUAGUGCCUAUGAUGACCCUGAUGUUAAUUCUCAUGUAUUAAGCUGGUUGAUGAUAUUUUAUGCAAAUUCUAAGAUGGUUCAGGAAUCGAUUCAAGUGUUUGAGCAUAUGAGGGGGAAGGGGUUUACGCCACAUUUGCAUGCUUGUACUGUGGUUUUGAAUGCAUUGGUUAAGGAUAGGUUGACUGAUAUGACAUGGAAAGUGUUUAAGAAAAUGGUUAGAGUCGGGGUGGUUCCGAAUUUACAUAUUUAUAAUGUGUUAAUUCAUGCUUGUUGCAAGUCCGGGGAUGUAGAGAAGGCCGAACAGUUAUUGAGUGAGAUGGAGCUCAAGGGUAUUGACCCUGAUCUUUUCACUUAUAAUACGUUGAUUUCGUUGUAUUGCAAGAGAGGUAUGCAUUAUGAGGCUUUGUGUGUUCAGAAUAGAAUGGAAAGCGGAGGGGUGCGUCCUGAUAUUGUAACUUAUAAUUCCUUAAUAUAUGGUUAUUGCAGAGAAGGUAGAAUGAGAGAGGCUUUACAGUUCUUUAGGGAAAUUAGAGGGGUUACUCCAAAUCAUGUAACAUACACUACUUUGAUAGAUGGUUAUUGUAGAAUGAACGACCUUGAUGAAGCCUUAAAGUUGCGUGAGGCUAUGGAGGCUAAAGGGCUCUAUCUUGGGGUUGUUACUUACAACUCCAUUCUCCGCAAACUUUGUGAAGAAGGGAGGAUAAAGGAUGCUAAUAGACUCCUGAUUGAGAUGAAUGACAAAAAAAUUGAACCAGACAAUGUUACAUGUAAUACAUUGGUUAAUGCGUACAGCAAGAUAGGAGAUAUGAAGUCAGCAUUAAAAGUUAAAAAUAAUAUGUUGGAAGCUGGAUUAAAACCCGACUCAUUCACAUACAAGGCAUUAAUUCAUGGUUUCUGCAGGAAACUUGAGAUGGAUACUGCCAAAGAGCUGUUGUUUUCAAUGCAAAGUGCAGGAUUUUCUCCAAGUUAUUGCACGUAUUCAUGGCUUGUUGAUGGUUACUGCAACCAAAAUAAUGAAGAGGUAGUCAUGAAUUUGCCAAAGGAUUUUCUCCAAAAGGGUCUUUCUCCCGACAUUUCAUUGUACAGGGCACUGAUACGAAGAUUUUGUAAGAGGGAAAAGGUUGAGUGUGCUCAAAGAUUAUUCAAUGUAAUGCAAGGGGAGGGAGUAUUCGGAGAUACUGUAGUAUUUACUAGUAUGGCGUAUGCUUAUUUAAAAGUAGGAAACCAAGCUGCUGCUCUAAGUUUCUUGGAUGAGAUGUACAAGAGGAGGUUAAUGGUAACUCUAAAGAUAUACAAAAGUUUCAGUGCCUCUUAUGCCGAUGAUAAAGACAUAUUGGAUAUUUUUUGGAAUCUCGUCUUGAGUAAGAAUCUUGUCUCAAAGACUCUUAUGAAGGAAAUAAAGCACUUAAAAUUGCACACCUGAGGUAGACAGUAAAUAUCUCAAAAUUUCGAGCAACUUGUCCUGCUAGAAAUUUCCGUCUGAGUUUUGCUGACACUUGCUUAUCUCAAGUUAGUGGUGUUUUGGUUUGCCUGCCAUUGAAAAUUGUUAUUGAGAACAAACUGUAAUAACUGAUUAUGUCCCUCAAGCAAGUUGGAGCUGACACAAAUAGCAGGUGUUCUACCUAAAUUUUGACAGGCACACUACUUAAACUUUGACCGGCAUCCUGUUCUAUACAUUAACUUUCGUUGGAAAUGUGUUGUAGCCAUAUUGGUUCUGUUCCAUGGCAUGGACUGAUAUUGUCUUCAAUUGCUCGUAUGGAUCUAUCGGGAGAAAUCGUGAUUCUCUGGAAGAAGCAAAAUAUCGCUUAAUCUAUGUGCAGCAAAGAUGCUAGACACGAUACCAGUAGCAAUAUUGUCCACUUGCUGGUGUAGUAAUUGGUGAAUCAGCUAGUCAACACAUGACUGCUCUUGGAAUAUAACACGUACGCGUGCUCUUUCAUUUGUUUUACGCCACAUACACUACUUUCGUUGCAACUCACUUAUUAAACCUCUCCCCCUUUUCGAUUGCAAUCUCACCGCCUCACCAUCCUUCAGCCUCCUGCCAUCAUCUUUCCACAACUCCGAUCUGCACCCUCUUUUUCUCCCGCAACAUCACUUCUGUUUUCUGUUCGAAUCCGGUGCUGCUGUGUCUUCAAUCUUCAUCCCCGUUGUGUCUGCCGGAUUGUUUCUCCGCCGUCGGGUCUCGCAGGAGCAUUCUGACGCCACCAUCGCCAAGUUUGCGCCAUCACUCUUAUCCAGCUCGAGGUUGUGUUGUUCCCAAUGCUUCCCUCGGCUCUUUUAAUUACAGUGGUUGUAUACUGCUUUGUCUCCCUAGAUUUCAUUAUCACGAUUUUAUUCUCUUUUCUAAUUGUUUCGUAUCUAUUCUUGAAGCUUGAUACAAUGCCUCACUUCCUCGGCUAAUUAACUACGUUUUCUGAUCAGCGGUAUACACUAUUCCGUAGCUAUUCUUAUCUGGUUUCGGUCAGCAAUCGACAUCCAAGCCCAACCACUAGUGAGUUAGCUUAUCAAGGAAACAUAGGUCAAUAACAAGUCCUUCACACGAAUGUUGUAAGUUUUUGUUUAGUUUAAGUCACUGAGCAUGUUUUGCAGGCUUGCUCAUGUUGAGAUGCUGCUGCUACCAACCUAAAGCGCCUGGCAGAAGAAUUUGGUCUGGAAAGGGUGAUUCAGCAUAUCAUCCCGCGGGAUUGAGUUUAGAACUGGAGCUAUACUGCCGAGUGCUGGCACCUCUUGAUGAGAGAUCUUGAUAAGUUAUAUUAAUUUAGUCCACCUAAAUCAAUUUAACCAUAGGAGAAGAGACAUUAAUUUUUGGUCACCAUAUGUAAGGGAGAAAAACUCUGAUAUACUAUGUAGUUAUGCUGAGGACAUGAUCCAUUGAAUAUAGAGUCAUUUGGCCAGUUCCUUAUUUCA